AAGCCCGCGAAAUCUUGAGAUCACGUGACCCUUUUGGCGCGUAUAUUUCUCUUCCCUGUAUUCCUGCCGUUCUACUCGGGAGGUGUGUGUUGGCGGGAAAGCCGGCGCUUGUUUACCUGUUCUCCUCGCUUGGCCUUAGCCUUUUGCGUCUGCUAUGUCCUCGCCGGCAUCUACUCCCAGCCGCCGCCGCGGCAGCAAACGACAGAGAUCUGAUCCGCCCGAGAAUGGCGCGGCCAAUCCACUUUCUGAUGAUGUACAAUCCCCUGCGUCACAGCGACGUCGCCCAGAUGAUUCCGCAUCCACAGGAGAGUUGCAGCCAAUGCCGACUUCUCCUCCAAUUGACACACAAAGUCCAAAUGUUCAAGAUACUUUGUUUUCCAGUCCUCCACAAUUCCAAAAUUCAGUUCCAAUGGACUUUGAUGUUAGUUCACCACUGACUUAUGGCACACCCAGUUCUAGAGUGGAAGGAACCCCAAGGAGUGGUGCACGUGGGACUCCAAUUCGGCAGAGGGCUGAUCUUGGCUCUGUACGCAAAGCCAGGCAGGUGGAUCUUCAUUCUGAUGUGCCUACAGGAGAGGAUGCAAUGGCAAGUGAGCAGUCUAUUGGACAGAAGCUUGUGAUUUGGGGCACAGAUGUCAAUGUCGCUUCAUGCAAAGAAAAGUUCCAGAGGUUUCUUCAGCGUUUUAUUGAUCCAACAGCGUCAGAAGAAGAAAAUAUUGGACUGGACCUUAAUGAGCCCCUGUAUAUGCAGAGGCUAGAGGAGAUAAAUUUAAUUGGAGAACCAUUUCUGAAUGUGAACUGUGACCAUCUGAAGUCAUUUGAUGAAAAUCUUUACAGACAGCUGAUGUGCUAUCCACAGGAAGUUAUUCCCACAUUUGAUAUGGCUGUUAAUGAAAUCUUCUUUGACCGUUACCCUGACUCAGUACUGGAACAUCAAAUUCAAGUUAGGCCAUUCAAUGCAUUAAGGACCAGAAACAUGAGGAGCUUAAACCCAGAAGAUAUUGACCAGCUUAUCACUAUAAAUGGUAUGGUGAUCAGAAGCUCACAGUUAAUUCCAGAAAUGCAAGAAGCUUUUUUCAAAUGCCAAGUCUGUGGUUUUACAGCAAGAGUAGAAAUUGAUCGUGGCAGAAUUGCUGAACCAUCUGCAUGCAAGAAUUGUAACACCACACAUAGUAUGGCUUUGAUUCAUAAUCGUUCCCUAUUCUCAGAUAAACAGAUGAUCAAACUGCAGGAGUCUCCAGAUGAUAUGCCAGCUGGCCAGACACCGUACACAAUUGUCCUUUUUGCUCACAAUGAUCUCGUGGAUAAGGUGCAGCCUGGUGACAGAAUAAAUGUUACAGGUAUAUACAGAGCAGUCCCUGUUCGUGUUAUUCCAAGAAUGAGCAGUGUAAGAGCCGUCUAUAAGACCCACAUUGAUGUUAUUCAUUACUGCAAAACUGACUCAAAACGUUUGCAUGGCAUCGAAGAAGGAGCAGAACAGAAAAUGUUUACAGAACAGCGUGAAAAAAUGCUUCAAGAGCUUUCUAGAAAGCCUGAUAUUUAUGAUAGGCUUUCUUCAGCACUUGCUCCAAGUAUUUAUGAGCAUGAAGAUAUUAAAAAAGGCAUUCUUCUUCAGCUGUUUGGAGGCUCAAGGAAAGAUUUCAGCCACACUGGUCGAGGUAACUUCCGUGCUGAGGUCAACAUUUUACUUUGUGGAGAUCCUGGCACCAGUAAAUCACAGUUGCUUCAGUAUGUCUAUAACCUGGUUCCAAGAGGCCAAUAUACAUCUGGGAAAGGUUCCAGUGCUGUUGGUCUCACAGCCUACGUGAUGAAGGAUCCUGAAACAAGGCAGUUAGUAUUACAGACUGGAGCCUUGGUCCUCAGUGACAAUGGGAUUUGCUGUAUCGAUGAGUUUGAUAAAAUGAAUGAAAGCACAAGAUCAGUUCUUCAUGAAGUCAUGGAGCAACAAACACUGUCUAUUGCUAAGGCUGGAAUAAUUUGCCAAUUGAAUGCUCGCACCUCAAUUCUUGCAGCUGCCAAUCCAAUAGAAUCCCAGUGGAACCCAAAGAAAACAACAAUUGAAAACAUUCAGCUUCCCCACACCUUGUUAUCUAGAUUUGACCUAAUUUUCCUUAUGCUGGAUCCUCGAGAUGAAGCAUAUGACAGACGUCUGGCUCACCACUUAGUUGCAUUAUAUUAUCAAACCGAAGAACAGUUGGAAGAGGAGUACAUGGAUAUGACAGUUUUAAGAGAUUAUAUUGCUUAUGCUCGUACCUAUGUCAAUCCACGACUGAGUGAAGAAGCAAGUCAAGCUCUUAUUGAGGCAUAUGUUGAUAUGCGAAAGAUUGGAAGUGGUAGAGGAAUGGUUUCUGCCUAUCCUCGGCAGCUGGAAUCACUGAUUCGUCUAGCAGAAGCUCAUGCUAAAGUCCGUUUCUCUGCCAAGGUGGAAACAAUAGAUGUAGAGGAAGCAAAACGUCUUCAUCGGGAGGCUCUAAAACAGUCUGCAACUGAUCCAAGAACUGGGAUUGUGGAUAUAUCUAUCCUGACUACAGGAAUGAGUGCCACUGCUCGAAAACGUAAGGAAGAGCUGGCUCAAGCUUUGAAGAAGCUUAUUCAGUCUAAGGGCAAAACACCAGCUCUAAGAUAUCAACAGCUCUUUGACGAUCUUCGUGCACAAUCUGAAACUGCUGUCACUAAAGAAAUGUUUGAAGAAGCACUUCAUGCACUGGCUGAUGACGACUUCUUGACUGUCACAGGGAAGACUGUUAGACUGCUCUAAAUUCAUACCUUUAUAAUCUUAGAGCUGUAAAAUUAUACUUGCUAUAAUAUUCCUCUACAUUUGUAGGUCCGGCAUAAUUUGAUUUGGUUAUUUGUAGGUUUGUCAUCACCCUUCCAAAGCCUCUGCCCUCCAACGUCCAAGGCAGAUGCCUGCAUGUUCACACAACAGCCUCGGGCUUCAGGAGCACCAGUAAACAUCAUCAAAUACUUCUGAAGCCAACUGCUCUGUGGGCUUUGGGAAGCACUUGGCUAGAGUGAUGACCACAGAGUCUACAAUGGAUGUGUGGAGACUGGGCCUUCCUACUCUGCUAGCCACAGCCACUGCCUUGGUCCCCAGUAGCCUCCUCCUCUUUCCUGCCUCACUCUCUGCCUCCACUCCUUGUUUCUCUCCCCUGCAACCAAGCCACACAGCACAACAGAGACAGGGAAUCCAGGAGAGUGUCUGGGGUGAUGGGUGGGGAUCACGGUGGGUCCAUGGGAAACAGGGCCUUUUUCCUCCCUCUUCUGCUAUCCGCUGUUCCCCAGAGGACUGGCUCACCCUCCCUUCCUCCAUGGCUUUCCUUUUCAAUGAUCAUGCUUGCAAAUAGCUUUCAGUAAUUUGGUAAUUUGUUACUAUCUUGUCUCAAUGAAGUAUGGGAUUGGAUAAUUCUGGAGUUGGGCGUGCAUCAGAUAUCGGUUGCAGGGAAGAGAAGCAGGGAGGUCAUACAAGGCCUCUGGGGGUCAAGACAGUAGUGACAUGUCAGAGGAAUGAGGAAAGAGGUCUGCUCAUUGCAUCGUCUUUACUCUCCCCAUCCAGUACCUCGGCCUCGCUCCUAGAAUCCUCUCCCAAGCAUCUCUGUUUCAAGGGAGCACAGGCAGACUAUGAGGGCCAAGGUGGGGGAAGAGGCUCCACUCCACACACACCCAUUGCCUCGGCUGCCCUACCAAACUCCCUUUUCCUACUGUAUCUGUCCUGCCAUGUGCAGUACAGUUGUGGGAGAAAGCAAGCCACCUGGGAACCACUGUGUUAGCAGUGGCACAUUGUCUCUCUUCCCUGGCAAUUGGACGACUGAAAAUAUUCAUGGAUUUUCCACUUCAGCGGGAGUCUUCCACCUCUAAUCCCCACAAAUGUAGAGGGCCUAACUAUAAUUUGAAGAUAUCUGUUAAGUUGGAUCAAAACCCACAUUGAAUUCUACUUUUAUUCAGAUUCUUUAGCACAUAGAAUUAAAACUUUAUGCACACUUUCUUAGCAGGUUAUAUGGUGGCGGGGUAGGAAAAAAGUUUAUUAUUAUUACAUUUAAAUAUUAUUUCAUUAACAAUUUAAUAUGAACAUGAAGAAUUGUUUGCUAUAUUGUAGUGCUAUAUUUUUAUGCUUUAGCAAAUUGUUCAUUAUUCAAUAAAGUACAGCUGCUAAGCUGGGUGUUAAGCAUUUGGAAAACAAA